AUGCUGGAAGCUGGUUAUUUUCUUAAAAAUAAGCCAUUUUUUCGAAAUAUUGGCACCAUUUGCACAUAUGCCGUGAUUGGAACGCUCUUCAACACAGCUUGCAUAGGUAUAGAAUGCCUACUGUCAUUUUUUCUUGAGAUCGCUGUUUUUGCGACGCUCAUUAGUGCUGUCGAUCCAGUAGCAGUGUUGUGUGUGUUUGAAGAUAUCCACGUGAACGAUGUGCUGUACAUUUGCGUUUUCGGUGAAAGCCUUCUCAACGACGCCGUUACCAUUGUGAGUACAACAAUUUUCAUCUUUUUUCCACAAUUAUUCCAUUACAUUGAAUUGCUUUCGAAUCAUCAGGCUGUUCUUCCUUUGAUUAUGGUAUUGAUGCCAUGUUUCUUCUAUCUUCUCACCGAUUCCUUCCAUCUUUCUGGAAUUCUAGCAAUUGUUACAUGCGGAAUCUUGGUGAAAAACUAUAUGCGUGGUAAUUUGUGUGAUGAGAUGCACUUCACAGUCGAAUACCUUUAUAAAAUGGCAUCGUCAUUUUCCGAAAGUUUCAUUUUCGUGUUUUUGGGGGUGUCCGUGGUUUCCUCAAAUCAUGUUUUCAACAUAUGGUUCAUCGUUGCGACUCUGGUGGGAUGCUUCGUCUUCCGUUUCAUAGGUGUAUAUCUUCUCACAUUCAUCCUCAACAGGUUUCGCUUUGAGGAUGAUCGUAUCUCAUAUGUGGACCAGUUUGUUUUGGCUUACGGUGGCAUCCGAGGAGCUGUUUGUUACGGUCUUGUAACGUCUAUCGACGAGAAUUUAAUUCCUGCGAAGCGGAUGUUCGUCACUACGACGCUUGCUGUGAUCAUGUUCACUACAAUCAUACAAGGUACCACUAUCAAAUUUAUCGUCAAUUUACUGAAAGUAAAAAGAAGGAAAAAUCCCGAGGAAAAACGGCGCGUAUUCGACUAUUUGGCUAACGAAGUGACGAAACAUGUUAUUGACUUCAUUGAGAACCUGACAAAUCUGCACGGCGAAAACGUUGUGAGUAAAAAUCUCCUCGUUCUUUCAUCAUAG